CUAGCCUACAAGUAGCAGACGCGGCUUAUAUUCUACGUCGCACCUAUGCUACUUGUUUUACUACUCCGAUGCAGAAGGUGGCAGCUAGUGUUUUACUAACACAGAGUUGGCAAAUCUGGAGCAAGAAACAAGCUUCUGAGCUCUGCUGUGUGCAGGCAGGCAAGGAGAGAUUGAGGAGAAGGAAUUCAAAGCGCGAACUUCACAACAUCACCUGUAAUUGCAAGUCAGGGUGUAGUCUAUGUAUCCCAUUCUGUAUUAGUCGGGUGUACCCGUAAUCCGACCAUAGACGUGGUAUUGAAAUGACCUCGCCUUUUUUUCCUUGAAAAAAAGAAGUGACCUCGCUUCCAAUUGAUAUGCGACGUGCGCAAGCAACGAAUGGUGUGUGCCUGAUAGUAUCUGUGGAAAAACACUUAAGAAUAGCACAAUUGUUCACAACUUCCGCGUCUAAGUAGCCUAACCUAUGCAGAAUGGAUCCAAACAUUAUCACCAACACGGACGUGGUACAGCUGCCGUCCAGCGUCAUUGUAAUUGCAGUUUCGUGCCAUGGAAUUUUUGAUCUGGACACACCCACCGAGUUGGAUACUUUGUCGAAAGGCCCCACGUUCUCCUUCAUUAAGGCUAUUCAAGCAAUGAAUGAAAAACUGACGGGCAAAACUCCCAAGGUCACUUUGUUUGAUGUGAUUAUAUUGGCCAAGGAUUUACAAGGGAACCAGGCAAAGAUAGAAAAUAGCAUUAAACAUUACGGUCUUCCAAUAAGUAGAUGUUGGUUUUUCAACAAUGAAGAAUUUACGCAAAGCCUUAAAUCCACAAAUGCAAAAUUAUUCCUGUCCAUGGACUCCAGUGAUGUCUGCAAGGCCUUGCAAGAAGGAGUUCCAGCUGCACUGCUGUUCCCUCAGACCCAGGCCCAGGCCGAGGGGGAUAAGGAGCAGGUUGCAAACCCACUCAAAGUCCUGCUGUCAGGGGAUGUAAUGGGCCUGCCAGAGGAGAAACUGUCCGAGGCAGGAUUGAGUCAGCCCCAGCUCCAGACAUUUAAAGCAGCUAAGGCCUCCAUGGCAGAGUUUGCUGCAGUGAUUCGGGAGAUGAGGAGACAUUUUGCCAGGGAGGACAGCCCCCUGCGGGUGACGCUGAUGAGCGUUCUGGGCUCCAGCAAGGAAUGGGCCAGUGCCCUGCUGACGGCACGGGGUUUGGGGCUGGAGGUGGAUGAGGCCUACUGUUUGGCUGGCGCCUCCAGUGGCCCCAUUCUGAACUGCAUUCAGCCUCACAUUAUGUGCUAUGAUGGACUGUACAGUGUGACAGAAGUACCAGCAUUGUCCUGAAAAAUGAAUACAUAACUUGUUGGGAGGCUGUGGUUCCCUGAUUAUUAAUGACAUUGAGUGACGCAUGAGUCCAAAAUAUUUGAGAUUCAGGAUUAUCUUGAUAUUUUGAUGUGCCAAAGCAUUGUGAUAGAUAUCAUUGCCAAUUACGGCUUGAUAUAGAUAGCUAUAAUUGCCAGUUAUGAGUUCUGUACUCUAAAUAUUCUAAAAAGUACAAAUAAAAUGCUGUGGGUGCUAUAUUUCUCCUAAA